GCAUCAUUUUUACUGGCCAGGCUGGUAAAAUACCAGUCAGAUGGCAAUAUUGUGGACAAUAUGUUCACCAACUCCUUGGAUAUUGCUCUCAGUGGCCUGCCCUCAAAGCAGGUGCUUAUUUUUAAAUUCUAAGCCUGGAGGUAAGUUUUGGUUGCUAAACAGAGACUCCUAUAGGCUGCUAGUCUACAUAGGGGCUAUCAGAUCACGGCCCUCAUUUUUUUUAUGUUUUUGUUGCUCCCUAACUAUUUUUUAAAUUGGAAUGUGGCUCAUGGGUAAAAAAAAUGUUGGGGACCCCUACUCUAAAGCAUUGGUACUUCCCAUUACAGCAGAUAGUGCACACAUGGAAAUGGCUAUUUACCUUUCUUGAUGUUCAAAUAUAUAUAUAUGUAAUAGUUGCUAUAGAUCUGAAUAAGAAGCUUUCAAUGCUAUGUCAACCAGGAGUGCCAGUCACACAGACCAGUAGCUGGCUGGCUGAGGAUGAUGGGAACUGUAGUUCAUCAUACUUGGGUAAAGCUGUAAGAUACAGGCAAGUUAAAAGAUCCUUUAUAUGCACUUGAGUGUUCUUAAGAAAGGCUAUUUGACUGUAACAGGAAAAAUAUGAAGCAUGAAAUGUGCCCUCACAUAAUUUUAAAUCUUCUCCUCCCCUGUAUAGAUGAAAUAAACAGGUUUUUUUGCCUUUGGUUCAGAUGCCAUGACAAACCAUGAAUUAUAAUGGUGAUACUGGAUCAAGGUGUCCUUCUGUGAACCAUUAGUUUCCAUAACACUUGGAUCAAGGUUGCACUUUCUGAAUUUGUCAGUUUAUUUUUUCUGAACUGUCAUCAGCAAUUAAUAUGAAUACAAUGCAAACAUAAACUUUAAAAAAAAGAAAACACCUUGAAUAGACUCUUACUGGAAGAGACAAUGGCCAGAAUGUUGAUUGGUCACAGACUGUUAUUUCAUGUCCAUUGGAAUGAUAUACACAAUGGCUUGUGCCUGGCCUCCAUUGACAAUGCACUACAGCAUUCAUCCAAGCACCAUAGGGAUAAUGGUACCACAAUGGGUCUGCUCUUUCUGAAGUGGAACAAGGAAAGGGAUCAUAAACUGUUCAUUAGAUCUUUUCAGUGACCAAAUGGUUAUGAAGAUUAAGAGCACUUUUCAGGGUAUUAUGCUGAGGUGUGUGCCAUAUUUGGGGGAUACUUUGUUGAAGAGCAAUGGCUCAUUGCAUAGACAAGUAGCGUCUAAAAACACCAAAUUCCCCUAUAUUGACCAUAGCAAAAAUCGUCUGGGUUUUCAUGGCAAUUUACCCCUGAUCGGUUUAAUGAUAAUUUAUAGAGCUGUUGAGAUACUAGAAGAUGGUUGGCUUGGGCCUACAUACAUGCAAAGAGCAUAGAUGGAAAACAUUAAGGGACUUGGGAGAUUUAGAAAAAAAAACAGACCAUAUAUGUAUAAAUUCAUAUAUAAUAAGUUCUCCAGUGGUUGUCUUCUACUGGUAGCCUUACAAAUCAAACCCUGUUCUGGAAAAAGAACAAUUCAGGACACAUUUACCAAAAAGUCUUUACCCCCAUGGACAUCCUUGUGUCAAAUCAAUGCAAACAAAUCAAUUAUGGAUUAGUACCUUCAAUGGUGAAUAUUUAGCACCAUAUGAUGUGUUUCUAUGGUUGAAAUGGGAUUAUCAAAUUUCACAGAUCCCCAGUAAUGAUCCUGCGUUACUCAUAUACGAAACCUGUAGGUAUUUUUAUUGAAUGAACGCUUAUCUAGAGCCCUCCAUCAGAGAAUUUCUUGCAGGUGUCGUUAACUUUUCACCUGGGGAUGGGCCCAGUGCUACUGGGUUGCUUAAAUCAGUCAGAUCAAAGACGUACAGGUGUGAAGAACCAUUGAAACUCAUAAUCCAUCCUUUACAUAAAGGCAGGGAUUUUAAGGUUUGCUCUUCAGUCUUGGAGUUCCUCUAACUAGUUCAUAUCUUCUGAGUUGGAAGAAUCAGGCAAUCAGUACAGAUAUCUCUCUCCAGAGAUGGCAAGCCUAGGAGCCAUCUUGUUAUUCGCCAUUGCCUCCCUUAUGCAUGGGAGGCCUAUUCAUUCAGACAGAAAAGGAGCAAAAAUCCCUCUCGCAGGAUCUAACUUAGGAUACAAGAAAUCUAGCAAUAUGUAUGGUUCCAGGCUGUUCCAGGGUAUGAGAUACCCCCCUUCCAUGAUUCAGUUAUACCAGACACUGAUUUUGGGGAACGAUACGGAUCUGUCAAUCCUGGAAUAUCCCGUCCUGCAAGAAUCUGAUGCAGUUCUAAGCUUCAUUGCAAAAAGUUGUGUUGUAGUGGGCAAUCGAUGGACAUUGUCUUUUGACAUGUCUUCUAUAUCCAGCACCAAUGAGCUGAAAUUGGCUGAGCUGAGAAUCCGCCUCCCUUCAUUUGAAAGACCCCAGGAUGUUACUGUAGAGAUCUACCACACAAAGAAAGGUCAGGAGAAUCUCUUUAUGGGAUCCUUCAAGACUAACCCUUCUGUUGCAAUGGGUUCCUCAUGGAAGGUCUUUAAUCUUACUAGGAUGCUCCAGUAUUAUCUCCACCAAGGGGAGCAAUUCACCAAUGAUGAAUACAUAGAAGUUAAGAACCUGCAUGAGGGAGCCAAGCCACAAGUCAUUAAGAGAAGAGCAAGGACUGAGGUUGAAGAAGGUCUACAAGGGAAUAAAGACAAUACCCCUACAUCCAGUUUUCCCACAGAGAGAGUUGUGCUGGUCGUAUUCACCAGGGAUAAACCCACUGCUAAUCACUUUGGCUCUCCUAGUCUUAUUCACACUGUGGAGUCUUCCAAGUAUGUUAUGAGUGAAAGUACUGUCCGGGUGGCAGAUGCCAGGAGACACCGGCGCAACCAAAAAACAAAGAACACCAUCAUCAUGAACACCAUACCCUCCAGGAGUGCUGGAAAUCCCCUUUGCAGGAGGGUGGAUAUGAUAGUGGAUUUUGAAAAGAUUAAAUGGGGCGAUCGGAUUGUCUACCCCAAAAGAUUCAAUGCCUAUAGGUGUGAAGGAGCCUGUCCCAUUCCUCUGAAUGAAACCUUCAAGCCAACAAACCAUGCCUACAUCAAGAGUCUGGUCAAGUUGUACGAUCAAGAGAAAGUGGAAUGUUCCUCCUGUGUCCCUGUAAAGAUGAGCCCUCUGUCCAUGUUACUGUAUGAAGACGGAGAAGUUGUACUGAAGCAUCAUGAGGAUAUGAUUGUGGAUGAGUGUGGAUGUAACUGAAUUUAUGGAGUUAUAAAUGUGCCAUAAACUUGCUUUGUGGCAAUGUCACAUUUGUUGUAUAUAGUGUUCAUCGAAAAAAAUGUCUAUUUUUAUGUAAUGCGCAAGAAAAAAUAUUUAUUAUAUUGAGUUAUAUAUUGUCUAAGCACUCUACAAUAAAAUAUUGAAUU